AUCUUUCCCAAGAGUAUCAAGCGCUGUACUACCUGGCUCUCAAGAUGUUCUUCCGCAGGGAAUUCGGGGCUGUCGCAGCCCUAUCUGUUCUGGCCUAUGCUGCUCCCGCACCUGCUCCGAUGCAGCGUAGAGACAUCUCCUCUACCGUCUUGGACAACAUCGACCUCUUCGCCCAAUACAGUGCAGCAGCUUACUGCUCCUCAAACAUCGAGUCCACCGGCACGACUCUGACCUGCGAUGUAGGCAACUGCCCUCUCGUCGAGGCAGCUGGUGCCACGACUAUUGAUGAAUUUGACGACAGCAGCAGCUAUGGCGACCCGACUGGGUUCAUCGCCGUUGACCCGACAAACGAGUUAAUCGUUCUGGCUCUCCGGGGUAGUUCCGACAUCUCCAACUGGAUUGCCGACUUGGACUUCGGCCUCACCUCUGUAAGCAGCAUCUGUGACGGCUGCGAGAUGCACAAGGGCUUCUACGAGGCCUGGGAAGUCAUCGCCGACACCAUCACAUCCAAGGUGGAGGCUGCUGUCUCCAGCUAUCCGGACUACUCCAUCGUGUUCACUGGACACAGCUACGGCGCUGCAUUGGCGGCCAUUGCGGCCACUGUGCUCCGCAACGCCGGAUACACUCUUGACCUGUACAACUUCGGCCAACCUCGUAUCGGCAACCUCGCCUUAGCCGACUACAUCACGGACCAAAACAUGGGCAGCAACUACCGCGUCACCCACACCGACGACAUCGUGCCCAAGCUUCCUCCCAAGCUGCUGGGCUACCACCACUUCAGCCCGGAGUACUGGAUCACCAGCGGCAAUGAUGUGACGGUGACUACGUCGGACGUGACUGAAGUUGUGGGGGUGGAUUCGACGGACGGGAAUGACGGCACCCUGCUUGACAGUACGACAGCUCAUAGAUGGUAUACGAUCUACAUUAGUGAAUGCUCGUAGAGCAUUACUGGCGCAGUACAGUGGCAAUGUGGACUGGAUAUAGUUAAGACGGAAUGAAUUUGUACAUAGUUUUUAUAUAGUAACCGGCAAAGUACAUAUGCUAGCCUG